CUUUUAUUUCAUCCAGUUUUCGAUUUAACGCAACGAGCCAAAAAAAAAAGGAUCAAAACUUUUGCGGUUCCGCUCAUUACUCUCAGGUCAUCUUCGUUGGUUGCAUUAGAGGUUGCUAUUUUUUUUUUCUUGCAAGAGCUUUUAUAUUGAACUGCAGGGAUGGCUGAGGAGGGUCACAAGGUUACAUUGAAUGUGUACGACUUGAGCCAAGGACUAGCUCGGCAGCUUUCAAUGACCUUCUUAGGGAAGGUUAUUGAUGGAAUAUGGCACACUGGAGUCGUGGUUUAUGGUAAUGAAUACUACUUUGGUGGAGGAAUUCAACAUGCUUCUGUUGGAGUGACACCAUAUGGGAAACCAAUUAGAGUGAUCGAUUUAGGCAUCACUCAUGUGCCUAAAGAUGUGUUUGAGAUGUAUUUGCAGGAGAUUAGUCCCCGUUACACAGCCGAGACCUACAAUUUGCUCACCCACAAUUGCAACAACUUCAGCAGUGAGGUUGCCCAAUUUCUAGUUGGUUCUAACAUUCCAGACUAUAUUUUGCAGCUUCCGAAUGAAGUUAUGAGCAGUCCAAUGGGUGCACUUUUAAUGCCCAUGAUACAGAAUUUGGAGACAACUUUGAAGGCUGGUGCUGUUCCUCAAGUUCCCCAAUUCAGGCCUUCUGUAUCUGCUCAGCCUUCACAUUCCUCAACUGUCAGUUUGAAUAGGUUCUCUGAUAGCGCACAGCGGAAAGAGGUUGACAAUAAGGUGACGGCUGGGAAGCAAACAAACACUUUGGAGGUAAAGACAUCAGAAAAGAAAAUGCCACCUGUCAAACCAACAGGAGCACAGGAAAAAUCAACCAACGGAGCUGCAGCAGACCCUCUUGGGAAUGCUCGAGCCAAGGUCCAAGAAGAGAUAAACCGUGAAUUUGCGGCAAUCAUGGCUACUGGAACAUUGCGUGCUAGUGAGGCAGCUGCACUGGCAACUAGGAAAGUGAUGCAGAAAUACGGACACUCGAAUGUUGCCAUGCCACAGGGUUAGAAACAGGGGAAAGAAAAAAAAAUGAUUUUUACAGAUCCUGCUUGUACACUGGAAAAUUUGGACCUGGACACCCAUUGAAAAAAAAAAUUGAAAUCAUUUAUUUGAAAUUAGCUAAUUCAAAUUGUUGGAAGGUCUCAAAGACA